AUGAGUUCAGCAAGUGAAAGGACGCCAUACACCAACCAUGAAAAGUUGUUGUUGGCGAAUCUAGUGGACAAGUAUCAACUUGUGCUGGAAAAUAAAAAAACUGAUGCCAGCAAUCUCCAGCAGAAGCAGCGCGCGUGGGACAAAAUCGCUGCGGAGUACAACGCCCAGGCCACAAUGAUAACCGUGAGACACACUGCUACACAGCUAAAAAAGCUGAAAAGGAAGGCUAAUACGGAGGUGAAAUACCAGCGCCUCGUUACUGGUGGAGGUCCAGAGCCUUCCGAGUCACAGGACCCUGUGAUGGAAGCAGUUAGCGUGGCGGCACCACAUGCAGAUGUGAUGAUGACGUGUAAAUGGGACAUGAUAGGCGUCUACGAGAGACAAAUGGCAGAGGAAAUGUCAGAUGCUACAAUGCAAGGCUAUGAACUGGUUCUGGAAGAAGGGGAGGAACCAGAGGAUAUUUAUCCGUCCACUUCUGGGUUGAGCAUUAAAAAAAUGGUCGAUGCUACUCCAAAGACCACCACCUUCACAGCUGACCGUCCAUUAUGUGCUGCCAAACAAACGGCUAGUGGAACUGGGCGACAAGGUCGGACUGCCCAAAAAGAGGCAGACAUAAGGAUGAGGAAGGUGGAGGAGAGCAUCCAACAACAGCUCCAACUACGUAGUAUUCGACAAAAAAUUGAGGAGGAAAACCUGCAGGCAGCAGUUUUAAGGAAAAAAGUAGAGGAGGAAAACUUGCGGACAGCCACAGCAUCGCGAAAAAAGGCCGAGAUAGAGGCUGAUCUAGCUAUGCUACACAUGCAAUUGUUUAAAAAUAAAAAUAUCUAA